CGCCUAAAGUGAUGACGUAUUAUAAAGCUGCGCGCGCAAGGCUUUCUCUAAGACGGUUCUGUCACAGAGCACGGUUCCGGAUUGCAGUUAUACACGUUUGGAGCAUAUAAUCUUAUUAAUGACUACCGAGGUUGUGGUGCUGUAUUUUGCUAAAAGUGCUGAACUAGCAGAAGUUAGAUCAGAGAAUAUCACUGUUUCUCAUCAACUGACAUCCCUGCAGCUCUGGCAAGAGCUGGUCACAAAACAUCCCAGACUCGCUGCCAUACGGGACCAGGUGGUCCUGGCGGUCCGUCAGGAAUACGUCUCCCUGGGUGAUGAGCUUCUGAUUCUCCAUCCAGGUGACGAGGUUGGAGUUAUCCCCCCCCUCAGCGGGGGCUAGCUCUUUGCGUACAUAUAUGGGUCAUUUAACCUCAGCAGUCUUUGGAUUAAAAGCAUGUCGCAGCCAGCAAAUGACAUCGGAAGUGCAGGGCUUGAAGUUGAAAACGCUGAUAUGAGCAGCUGUGAAAUUGCUGCCAAUGACAUUGUUAAACUGACCCACGGCAAGCUCUCCACAGAGGAGGUUUCUGCGUCGGUGGUGUGCCCUUCUUGUGGGGCAGUCUCUCUGUUUAUUGUCUCGCCCCACAAAGUACCUUCGUUGACACUUUUUGGGGUUCACAAAGAGCAGUCAGACAAGACUUCAAAGUGAAAUAAAAAAAAUGACUGUUUUUGACUUCAUGAAAUUACAAAACAGACUGGCUUCAGUGCCUUUUAAUAUGAGAAGCUGCCAUUUCUGGGGCUCAAUCUACCAUCAUUCUAACAGAAGGAAACAGUUCUACUCCUGGUCCAGAGCGUGCGUGAGACUACGAAUAUUUACAUGCAAAGUUGUAUGUUGAUAAAUCUCAUACUUUAUUAGGCUGUGCGUAUGCACAAUUUGGAUUGAAAUUUGUGUGUAUGUACGGUUGAUAAAUAUAGCUCCUGGUUUUCACAGCGUACUCUGCACGACAGCCUGAGUCAUGCUCAUCUGUACUGAGUGGAGAUAGUAAGACUGUUCCUCCGCUAAACUGCAGUUCUCACUGUGCUCAACAUGACAGAAGGCUGAAAGUACUAAAGAGUGGAAUUCAGUCGUGUCUAAUGAUACAUAACAAUGUGACCAAAUAAGGAAGUGUCUCUGUGUCAAUGCUGCAGUACUGAUAAAUUAAAAUAAUACCAAAUUCACAAGAUGUGAUGCAAUUAACAUUGAACGUAUAGCAAUAUACAACACAAAAUAAUGAAACAGCAUGUCAAUAAAAGCAAUGCAGUUCUACAUUACAACAGCUGGUCCUGUUUAAAAUGCCCCACCGCUUGUUGUAACUGCAAGUCAUUUCUGGAUGCUGGCAAAAACAAUCGGAUUCAAACUGGUGAACAUUGUGUUUAUGAAUGAAGUCCAGAAUACCAACAUCUAUUACACUGGAAUAAUCCAGAGAAUGCUUUAUCUGAUUCGAGAAGUACAUUCAGAAAUGUAAUAAAACAAAUGUAGCCUGUGAUCAUGUCUCCUUUUGCAUUUGGUUAUGCAUUCAGGUUUAUUGUAAAACCUUAAACUAGUUUGAGCGAAAUGGCAUAUGGGAACAUUCAGUAAAAAGUUUGCAUAUGGAUGUAUUUUGAUUUUGAUUUUAAAUUGCUGAAUUGCUACAUAUUCACUGUUUAUUGCAUGAAUUGAUAUUUAGAUUUUCCCAGUUUACAGUGUAUUUAAACUGAACCCCUAAUGUCAUUAUUUCUGCUAUUUUCAUAAUUCAAGAAGCACAUAUUUGUAAAAAAUAGAAACAAAACAAAAUGUUUGCUACAGUUUAGUAGAUGCAGCUGUUACAGAUUUCCAUUGAAUCAUCAUACACACUUUGUUACAAUGGAAUUACAGUCCUAGACAACUAAACAGUCUGCAAUAUUAUUUCUUCGAAGCGUGCUUGUAUAUUAAAUACAUAUUGAAGGCUGCGGUAUUAUUUCUCCGAAGCGUGCUUGUAUGUUAAAUACAUAUUGAAGGCUGUGGUAUUAUUUCUGAAGCGUGCUUGUAUAUUAAAUACAUAUUGAAGGCUGCGGUAUUAUUUCUCUGAAGCAUGCUUGUAUAUUAAAUACAUAUUGAGGCUUACCUUGUUACUUGCUGUUUGCAGUGAGCCUGAUGGUCAGGAAGUCCUCAUCCGUUAUGGGUCCUGAAACAUGUGAACCUGAAACUUUCCAGAUGACACUCAUUUCACGCAUGAAUAUUUUAUUAUUAUUAA